AUGAAUCUAAUAUUAAUUUGCAUUCUAUUCAUCAAUAUCUCAACUAAAGAAUUUAGAAUCUAAAUUCAGAAGUUAUAAACAGAAAGAAGAUCAAGGAAUCAUUUAACCUAUUCAAAUGUUGAUAAGAAUAAAUUAAAAGCAACACCUGAUGAUUCAAAAUAAUAUUUAGAUGAUUAUACUUUAACAGUAGCAUAAAUUUUAAUUUUACCAGAUUCCACUAACUUUUGGUUCAGAAUAAGUAUAAUAGUCAAUUGAUACUACAUCUUAUAUUACCUGGGUAUUUAGUAAAAACCCAGAUGAUAAAAAAUGUGAUAAAUGUCCUGUUGAUGCAAAAUUAUUCAAGUGUGAAACAAGUUGCUCCUAUCAAACAAGCAAAGACGAUGAUCAAAACAUACCCUUAACAUCUGAAAAUACUUAUGGAGGAAGAGUAAAAGUCAAUGGAUUAUAUGCAAUUUAAGUAUACAAUUUUAUAAGAAUAAGGAUUCAAUUGAAUUUUUAGGGAUGACAGUUAAGAAAGUAGGUUUUGGACUCAUAGAUAAAUACAAUACAGAAUAUAGUACUACCUCUAAGGAUGGGACAUUGGGAUUGGCUUAUGGUUAAGAUUAUAUUGAUUAUAAAAAGAAAAAAAAUGCAUAAGUUGGAGAGUUUCACUUUGAUUCUGCUUUAGAACCUUAACACAGUAUACUUUAAUAGUAAUAUUAUUAAAAAUUACAUAAGAAUGCAUACUUAAUUGAUAAAUGUUCCAUUUGCUACUUUUGCUAUUAAAUUAGAAGAUUCAUUAUAAUUACUUAUUUUAGGUGAAAAAUAGGGAUAUUUUGCAAAAUCUAAAUUUGAGAAAUUUUCAAAUAUUGGUAAAAAAGUCUGGGCAUUAAAAAUAAAUAAAUUAUACUUUGGAGAUGAAUCAGUAUUUUUAAGUAUUAAAUAAAUAAAGUUUUAGCUGGAGGUACUGCUAUAUUUGAUAGUACAACAAGAUUUAUAUGGGCAGAAAAGACAAUAAUAGAAAAGUUUGAGGAAGAAUUAAAAAAGUUUCAUCUUGUAAUUAAACUACUUACAUUAGGAUUGUGCUAUGAGUGAAGAUAUCUUAAAAUGUUCAUGUAAUGAUGAACAAUAUGAUAAAUUCAAUGAUAUUAAUUUCACUUUUAAUCUAGAUAAUAUAAAGUAUACAUUAUCGAAAUCAGAUUAUAUACAUAGAGAUGAUUAAAAAUGCUAUCUUUUAAUCAGAUCAUUAUAAGUGAAUAAUCCUUUAAUUUAAUAAUCAUCAGAUAAACCUAUUAUCAUUAUACCAUAUACUUUCUUUAAGUAAAUAAAUAUAAUAAGUAUAGAAAUAAUUAUGUUCUAUUUGAUCAAGAUGAAAAUACUAUCAGUAUUUCUCCAUCAUAUCAAGUUAAAGCUGAUUCUAUUCAUUUGAAUAAUAAUACUAUCAUAACAACUUCUAUUGUUGGAUUUAUAUUUUUAAUCCUUUCAUUAUUUUUAUUGACUAAUAUUAUGCAGUAAUAUCUUCUAUAUUUUUUAGAUAUGCAUCUUAUGAUAAUACAAUUUAAUAAUAAUAACAACCCUAAAACUAUUAAUAAUAAUAAUAUUAAACACCUAGAAUAUAAUAGUAACAAUUUAAAUAAUCACCAUAUCAAUACAGUCCUAAUUAAUUUAACUAAAUGAGAGUUAAUCCUGUGGCAAAUAUACCAGGACAAUAUAGAUUUUGA